AUGGCAGUCCUUAACCAAUCCUUUGAGGAUGCUAUCCGGGUCAGCCCUGAGGGCAACAACAAGUACAGCGCAAAUCUGUGCAAGGAAUGGUGCAUUGGAACCGUUCCUCACGGCGGCUACACAACAGCAGUCCUCUACAAACUCGCCCUUACACAUUUCGCAUACGCGCACCCAAAACAAUAUGACACCCCGGCCUCCCCAAUCUCUCUCCAACUCUCCUUCCUCCGGCGCACAGCCGCCGGCCCCGCCACAAUGGAAGUAGAAGACGUGAAGAUCGGUUUGCGAACAAGCACAAUCCACAUCAAACUCCUCCAACCCUCCGAGAAGCACGGCAAGCCCGAAGUCAAAGUCGCCGGCUACAUUACCGUCAGUCCUCCAUCCGCCGAAGUCGGUAUCAGCGCACCGACGGGGUACAGUAUCCUCCCUACACCACCGCCGGGCUCCAAAGCAGACGGCAAGAUCGACUUCUCCGCACUCUCACGUACAGGCCGCGACGGCGCAUGGAGCAAACUCGAUCCCCCAUACCCCGAAUUCCGGCGCGCAGCUGCCCAGCUGGAACUAUAUGGGCCUGGGAAGAGUGAGACUCAACAAAAGCGCACCAGAUCCAUGGCCAUUGAUCAAUGGGCGCGGUUCAUUCCCGGUGGAGAUAGGAAUGGGCGCUGGACCGACGCCGCGGUAGUCUAUUUGACUGAUAUGUUCCCUAUGGCUCUUGAUGGAUUCGAUAACGUGUCUGCGACCGCUGUGGCAAAGGAAGAAGGGAAAGAAGUGCUGGAUUUCAAGGCGAAGUUCUGGUAUCCCACUGUCACGCUGAAUAUUGAUAUGAAGAAGCAUCUGCCGAAGGAGGGGGUGGAGUGGUUGUAUAGUCGGAUUGUGACCAAGGUUGUUAGGGACGGAAGGACAGAUUUGGAAGUUACAAUUCUUGACCAAGAUGGUGAGGUUAUCGCGCUUAGCACGCAGGUUGGGUUGGUUGUUAGCGCGGCGAGAAAUGUAGGGACGAGGAAGCUAGAAAAGCUGUAG